CUGGUGAAUACUUAUUACAUUUCUCCUAAUGGUGCAUUUACAUCAGUAAUCCUGAACCAUGUAAUACAGUUCACACUCAGUAAUGGAGGAGCUGGAUCCAGAAGAGCAGUUCCUUCAGGGUGCCAGAAAUGGAGACCUGGAUGGGAUUCAAAAGCUUUUGAUGUCCAAAAUAAAGGAAGAAACAAAAUUUGAUAUCAACUGUAAAGGAAAAAACAGGUCAAAUUUUGGAUGGUCUCCUCUUCACUUGGCUUGCUACUUUGGACACAAUGAUGUGGUAGAAGAAUUGCUAAAGGCUGGAGCAGAUGCAAAUCUGACCAACAAUGUAGGAGACACGCCACUCCAUAAAGCAGCCUUCACUGGAAGAAAGGAAGUGGUGAUGCUUCUUCUUCAGUACGGUGCGUGUCCCUCAGUAAUUAACGGGACGGCACAAAUUCCUAAAGACAUUACACACAGCGAUGAGAUCAGGAUCAUGCUGGAGGCUGCUGAGAGGACUGAGGAGAGGAAGCUUGAGGAGCAGCUGUUGGAAGCAGCUCGAGAAGGAGCCACCACUACCCUGUUAAAACUGCUGAAUAGGGAGAAACCUCUGAACAUCAACUGUACUGACCUGCUGGGUAACACACCGCUGCACUGUGCUGCUUACAGAGGUCAGAAACAGUGUGCAAUCAAACUACUGCAGAAUGGAGCCAGUCCCAACAUCAAGAACAAGAACGGUCAGUCUGUGUUUGACCUGGCAAAGGAUCCAGAGAUGAGGCAGAUCCUGGAGGGAAGUUUAUCAAAGGGUUUAAGGUGUUCUGUUCAGGUGUUUGAGGGUCCUCUUUGGAAGAGUGCAAGGUUUAUUGGCUGGCGUUCCUACUGGGUAGUUCUCCAAGAUGGAGUUUUAUCAUGGUACUCCAAACAAUCUGAUGCUGCUUUGAAAAAACAGAGUAAAGGCUGCAAACCUCUAACGCAGGCCCAGUGUACUGUUAAAAAUAGUUGCUAUUUUACAGUGAAGUGCUUUGAUGACAGUGUACAUUAUUUUAAAGUCUCGCCUAAGUGUGAGCCGGAGGUCACCAGAAAAAAAUGGUUGGAGGCAAUAGAGGCGCACUCAGCAUUCAGUACUCAUUACUGCUCACAGGAACAGGGCAGCGAGGAAGAUGAGGAUGUGGUGUUAUCGCUGGGUGAGCUUGCAGAAUCACUCCAGCAAGCUGAAAGCUGUCAUGGAAAGUUGGAGGCUGAUGUGUUGGUUCUACUAUCCAUGAUGAAAGAAGAUUCAUUCAGUGAAUCUCUUCCGAGCCCGGUACUGCAAAAGCUGAGAGAAGUGUGUGAGGCGUCCAGCCAGACCUGCUCGGCUCUCCGCCAGUGCCUGGACCUCUUCUCCAAUCAGGAAGGGGCACGCAGUCAGAAGCUAGAGCAGGAAGUGGAGAAGAACAAGAUCCUGUCUGAGGCUCUGCAGACCUUAGCGACUGAGCACCAUGUGCUUGAGCAGUCGGUGGCUCGAGGCUCGUCCCCCCGCAGCGUCGUGCUCAGUGAGGAGGACUUUUAUGAUGCGCUGUCUGACUCCGAGUGUUCACAGAGCAGCCUGGAGUUCAGUCGCUCGUUUGAGGAGAGGGACGAGUGUAAAUCCGAGGUAUACGGUAGUGUCCGCAGUCACUUUGGACGCAGUAUGUCCCAAGCAGAUCGGCGUGGGGAUGAGGAAGAGGAGGAUGAGGGGACCAGGCCAAACGGAGUCAAGAAACACAGGACGAGUUUACCUGCCCCCAUGUUUUCCAGAAACAACUUCAGUAUUUGGAGUAUACUGAGAAAGUGCAUUGGAAUGGAGCUGUCUAAGAUCACCAUGCCGGUCAUCUUCAACGAGCCACUAAGCUUCUUACAGAGACUUACAGAGUACAUGGAGCACACCUAUCUCAUCCAACGGGCUAAUGACUCCUCUGACUCAAUAGAGAGAAUGAAGUGUGUGGCAGCAUUUGCAGUGUCUGCAGUGGCAUCUCAAUGGGAAAGGACUGGUAAACCCUUUAACCCGCUGCUGGGAGAGACCUAUGAACUGGUCAGAGAGGAUCUGGGAUUCAGGGUGGUCUCAGAACAGGUGAGCCACCAUCCUCCGGUUAGCGCUUUCCAUGCUGAGGGCGUGCAGAAAGACUUUGCUUUCCAUGGAUCCAUCUACCCCAAGCUCAAGUUCUGGGGUAAAAGUGUGGAGGCCGAGCCGAAGGGCAUCAUGACUCUGGAGCUGCCUAAGUAUAACGAGGCCUACACGUGGACAAACCCAACGUGCUGCGUUCACAACAUCAUCGUGGGCCAGCUUUGGAUUGAGCAGUAUGGAAACGUGGAAGUGGUGAACCACAGUACCGGUGAGAAGUGCGUUCUCAGUUUUAAACCCUGUGGCCUUUUUGGAAAAGAGCUGCACAAGGUCGAGGGCUACAUUCAAGACAAAAGCAAGAAGAAGGUGUGUGUUCUGUAUGGGAAGUGGACUGAGUGCAUGUACAUGGUGGAUCCGGAGACAUUUGAGGCUUACAAGAAGAACGAUAAGAGUGGAGAAGAGAAGAAAAGCAGUAAACAGGGGUCUGGUGCAGAGGCAGACGUGAACCCAGAUAAUGACUCUAUAGAGGAGAUUCCAGGCAGUCAGUUGCUGUGGAGGAUCACACCCCGACCAGCCAACUCUGCUCAGAUGUACAGUUUCACGACUUUUGCAAUGCAGCUGAAUGAAGUGGAUCAAGAGAUUCAAGCUGUUAUUCCCAAAACAGACUGCAGACUGAGACCAGACAUCCGGGCAAUGGAAAACGGAGACAUCGACUUGGCGAGUGAGGAGAAAAAGCGACUUGAGGAAAAACAGAGGGCAGCACGCAAGAAUCGCAAGUCAGGAGACGACUGGAAGACGAGAGGCGCCACCUGCAGCCCCAGGUGGUUUCAGCAGGGACCAAACCCCUACACUAAUGCUGCAGACUGGCUCUUCACCUCGGCUUACUGGAACCGAGAUAAUUCCCAAGUGCCUGAUAUUUACUGAUCCACUGCUGGUCUUCAGUUCCGUGGGUGACAUGCAUGAUGAGCUCGAUUCUUGGAUGGAAUUAGUUCAUUUUUAUUAUUUGGAUGUUAUAUUUCCGAGGUGGAUGCAAGUAUCCUUUAUUUAAUCUUCUGUUUCCAGCACUUAAAUGACCAGUGUGGUGUAUGAAAGUCAUCACAGAAACUGUUACAUUACUAACAUCCGAGAAAUAGUUACAAAUAGCAAUAAUGGAUAUAAUUUAGAAUAUGCAACAAUCUAAAAUCUUUAAUAAAGUAAAACAUAGUUUCCACCCUGAGCACUGCAAAGAAUAUCGAAGCAAGUGAAAAAAAUCUUAUAGGCAAACGUGACAUUUGUCUUUUUAUCUGAAUUCUCAUAAAAUAUUCAUGACAAUUGAUCCUAUUUCUUCAUUUGUUACUAAUUGAAAGUGAAACGAUCAAUUGUUAAACGUGAUGUUUAACUUACGAAACAUAAAUGUAUUCUUACUUGAAAAUAAAAUCUUGCACUAGCGUACUAAUGCUGGGAUCCAGGGUUGGAAUCCCCAGCAACGCUAUCACCCAGUCAGGCAUCUACAUACAGACAUGAUUGGCUAUGUCUGAGAAAGAAAGAUGACUGAGGUCCCGCGAUUGAUUGGUGCCCUGUCUGGGGUGUGUUACUACACUGCGCCCAGUGAUUCUGUAGAAAUUUGACCCACCGCCACCUUGACCAGGAUAAUAAAGCGGUGGUAAAACAUGAAAACAAAUGAAAUAAAAUGAAAAAAUAGAAGAUGAAUGUCCUAUGCAUUAGAGUUUUUUUAUUUGCUAAGGUAUUCGUUUUGAUGUUUAUUUUGGAUUAAUCCUUUUAAAUUAUACAAUAUCACUGAGCAGAUCAGAAUGUUAGUUUUAACUUUACAAAUAUAUAUUUUUGCACAUGUACUUAAUACUGUAUCACUAAAAAAUUGGAUGCUGCUAUUUAUUUUACUUGCUUUUAUUCUCUAAUUUUACUAAUAUACUAAAUAGUUGUAAAUUCUAAACAAUAUUUGACUGAUGUUACACAUCUGUAUUUAUUAAUGUGUUUAAAAUGUGGAGUUUUUUUUUUUUUGCUUUUAUUAACAGUGUGUAGUGAAUAAUUACUGAAUGUGUACCAACCAUGUGAAAUCAUUGUAGUAGAACAGAUUAGUGGUUAGUGUGACUCAUUUUAACCAGUGUACUAUUUUUUUUUUUACAUUUACUUCUGAAAUAUGUACAUUUUCAGUUGGAGUUAUUUUGUGUACAGUAUACAUGAUUGUGUAUAGCUGUGACUAAUUUACUGCUGAAUUAAAAUUCU